GUUGAUUUAAAGGGACACGUAUCCUGUGCAUGUCGAGGACAGCAGUUGAAAAAGUGCAGCCAUGUCGAGUGUUGGCUCCUAUCUCUGGUGCUGUUGUAUUUUGGCCACAAUUCAUUUUGGUCACAAUUCAUUGAAUCCUAUCGAUAAAAGUGAAUGUGAAUUUGACAAUGUUAUUCACAUAAUUUCAAUGUUUCAACCUUUUAUGCAUUUCAACAACUUUGUGUUAUUCGUGGGACAUUCACAUGAGGCUAAAGGAAGCGCAAUUGCCACAUCUCUUCAUCGCCGUGUCAUGCACACUUUCGACCGUCCAGUGAUUGUUGCUGGCUGUGAUACUGGUCCACUUUAUCAUAUUAUUACCACUUACAACUUAGCCCUGGUUCUCUUCACUGGCAUUCAAGAUCCCAUACUCAAUGUGGUUAUAAACGCAUUGGGUAAAAAUUCAAUCUCGACGAUUCCGAUUCUAUUCGUAUACAAAUCGUCAGAUGGUUUACCACUCACAACAAAUGGGAGAGCUGAAUUUUUUCAUUGGUGUUUGAAAUACGAUUUUCAAAAUACGAUGAUAGCUUUCGAAAACAAGACUCACGAUCUGGAACUGUGGACAUAUGAGAUGUACGAUGGUAUGCUUAUACAUCGAGUAACACAAAUAUCGAGCAGCCUUAGAAGAAACCAUCAAUCAUUGAUAAAUCAACGUCAGCUGAAGGUUGCUGUAUAUCAAAAUUUGCCGUUUGCUUUUGUGUUAAACUCUGGCGAUUAUCGUGAUUUAACUGGAAGUGGAAACGUUAGCCUUGGAGGCGAAACCGGGAUUUUGUUGGCCGAGUUUGUUCACUUCAUUGGCGGAACUUUGCAGAUCAUUCCACAGUCAAGAGACGAAUAUUUUACCAAUUUGACAGUUUGCGGUAGUAUGAUUGAUUUUGGUGCUAAUAUGCUGCCUAGUACGAAAGUUUCCACCGGAGUUAGUCCUCUGGUGAUAGCUACAAAAUAUUGUUUAGUCGUACCCUUUGAACGUCAGGUGGCUCUAUCAAAAUUUUUCACAGUUUUCUUUAGGAAACCCACUUUAAGUGUAUUCUCUAUAAUUAUUAUUAUUGCCGUGAUACUAAUCAAACGAUUGAUAAAUCCACACAAGCCGAUUGUGGAUCUUAUUUACAUGUCAAUUCAAGUCUAUUGGGGACAGACGAUACCAAGUCGAACCAUUAAUCGUAUGGGUAUAGCCGAAAAGAUUCUGACAAUAUGCACAUUGAUCUUUAAUCUCUAUAUAACCACAAUUUUAUCUUGCAUCUUGGCCACGACACUAACCACAGGCAAUCGUAUGCCUGAAAUUAUCGACAUUGAGUCAUUUGUGGCCAACGACAUCAGUAUCAUGAUUUCUGAAAGUCAGAUGAAGGAACUCUCGCAAGUCGAUAAUAUUCCCGUGGAAUUAUCCAGGCGUAUGUUUAUUGCGCCUGAGGAAACACUUGAGCGACAUUUGAAUUCUCUUAACGAUAGUUACGUGUACCUAAUGGAGACACAUCGAUUUGCACAAAUGAAGUUUAUGCAACAGCGCUUGAGGCGACCCAAACUAAAAAUGGCACCCGAACCUCUUUGCACUCUCGAUGUAUAUCUCCGAUUGCCCAUAAGACAGGAAUUAGGUUUCCUUUUGGUUUUGACCCGCUUUGUUGAGGAUGCCACAGAAUCGGGACUGAGAGUAAAAUGGAUGCAAAUGGGAUUAGAGCAGUUAAAGCAGGCAAAUAUGAUUCGACAAGCUCCUUACGAUCCACCUUUAUUGAGGGGCCUUUCACUAUCAUUCUUUACAUUUGGGUUCCAGAUUUAUGCUGCUGGCAUAAUAUUGAGCCUGAUUGUUAUGCUAAUUGAAUGCAUCUAUGGGUACUGGCUAAAACGAUCUAAUAAUUAUAAUAAUGUAAUAAUAGUAUAA